AGCGGAAGCGCCGCCGCCGCCGCCCCGGGACCCCCGUUCCCGGCAGGUGGGGGCGCCAUGUCGAAGCGGCUGCGGAGCAGCGAGGUGUGCGCCGACUGCAGCGGGCCGGAUCCUUCCUGGGCGUCCGUGAACAGGGGGACCUUCCUGUGUGACGAGUGCUGCAGUGUCCAUCGGAGCCUGGGGCGCCACAUCUCUCAAGUCCGGCAUCUCAAACACACGCCAUGGCCUCCAACACUGCUUCAGAUGGUCGAGACCCUGUACAAUAACGGCGCCAAUUCUAUCUGGGAACAUUCGUUGCUGGAUCCCGCCUCCAUCAUGAGUGGAAGACGCAAAGCUAAUCCGCAGGAUAAAGUACACCCUAAUAAAGCAGAAUUCAUCAGAGCCAAGUAUCAGAUGUUAGCGUUCGUCCACCGCUUGCCGUGCAGGGAGGACGACAGCGUGACCGCCAAAGAUCUUAGUAAGCAACUUCAUUCCAGCGUGAGAACCGGGAACCUGGAGACCUGUCUGAGGCUGCUCUCUCUCGGGGCGCAGGCCAACUUCUUCCACCCGGAAAAAGGAAACACCCCGCUCCACGUCGCCUCGAAAGCCGGCCAGAUUCUGCAGGCGGAACUGCUGGCGGUGUACGGAGCCGACCCCGGCACCCAGGACUCCAGUGGGAAAACGCCUGUUGAUUACGCAAGGCAAGGAGGGCACCACGAGCUGGCAGAGCGCCUGGUGGAAAUCCAGUACGAGCUGACCGACAGACUCGCCUUCUAUCUCUGCGGCAGGAAACCAGAUCACAAAAAUGGACAGCACUUUAUAAUACCUCAGAUGGCAGACAGCAGCCUGGAUUUGUCUGAAUUGGCCAAAGCUGCCAAGAAGAAACUUCAGUCUCUGAGCAAUCAUUUGUUCGAAGAGCUCGCCAUGGACGUCUACGACGAGGUUGACCGGCGAGAGACGGACGCAGUCUGGCUGGCCACGCAAAACCACAGCACCCUGGUCACCGAGACAACCGUCGUCCCCUUCCUUCCGGUCAACCCCGAGUACUCAUCCACACGGAACCAGGGCAGACAGAAAUUAGCCCGGUUUAAUGCGCAUGAGUUUGCCACGCUGGUUAUCGACAUACUCAGCGAUGCCAAGCGGAGACAGCAAGGCGGUCCUCUCUCUAGUUCAAAAGACAACGUGGAGCUCAUCCUGAAAACGAUCAGCAGCCAGCACAGUGUUGAGGGCCACGACAACGACCAGCCCGACUACGACAGCGUGGCUUCGGACGAGGACACGGACCCGGAAGCCACCGCCAGCAAGGCCAGCAGGCAGAAGAGCCUAGACUCAGAUUUAUCAGAUGGACCAGUCACUGUGCAGGAGUUUAUGGAGGUCAAACACGCCCUAGUAGCUUCUGAGGCCAAGAUACAGCAGCUCAUGAAGGUGAAUAACAACUUGAGUGACGAGCUGAGAAUUAUGCAGAAAAAGCUGCAAACACUCCAGAGUGAAAAUUCGAACCUCAGGAAACAGGCCUCCACCCAUCUCUAUCAGGUGCAGACGGGGCCUGAGUGCACCGACACUUCGAACCACUCUUCCUUAAAGCGACGUCCCUCCGCCCGGGGCAGCAGGCCCAUGUCCAUGUACGAGACGGGGUCGGGGCAGAAGCCCUUCCUCCCCCUGGGGGAAGUAGACCGCCCGGGAGAGAGCAGGACGAGGCUGCAGCCUUUCCCCGCGCACAUCGGGAGGAGUGCGCUUGUGACCUCCUCUUCGUCUCUGCCUUCCUUCCCCUCCACACUCUCCUGGUCCAGGGACGAGAGCGCCCGAAGGGCGUCCCGGCUGGAGAAGCAGAACAGCACGCCCGAGAGUGACUACGACAACACUCCGCACGACACCGACCCCGAGGACUCAGGGUCCAGCCGGAAGGGACGGCAGAGGAGUCUGAUGUGGCAAGGGGACAGCGCAGUUCCCGAUACGGCAGAACCCCACUUGGCCCCGGGCCCCGUCCCCAGCACCGAGGACGUCAUCCGGAAGACCGAACAGAUCACCAAAAAUAUCCAGGAGCUCCUCAGGGCCGCUCAAGAAAACAAGCAUGACAGCUACAUCCCCUGCUCAGAGAGGAUCCACGUGGCUGUCAGCGAGAUGGCAACGUUGUUCCCUAAAAAAGCCAAAUCCGACCUGGUGAGGACCUCCCUCCGCCUGCUCACGGCCAGUGCCUACCGACUCCAGUCAGAGUGCAAGAAGACCCUCCCCGGGGACUUGGGUCCCCCCGCGGACGUCCAGCUGGUCACGCAGCAGGUCAUCCAGUGUGCGUAUGACAUCGCCAAGGCCGCCAAGCAGCUGGUCACCAUCACCACCAAAGAGAACGCCAACUGACGCGCGCGGACGCGGGCCCCUGCUGUGCGCCCCGCGUGGAGGAACCCCGGGCCAGACGGAAGACACGGAACUCUUGGGUCUUUUCCAGACACGAACGUUGAAUGGAACUUUCAGACUUUUUCAGAGAAAGCUCAGUAUUAUUUUUGCAUGUUUUCUAACAACUUUUCAACUAUCGGUUUAAUCCACUUGCCUUAUUUUGUGCCCGUUUACUUUGCUCCCUGACGUUCUUCUGUUCUGUCGGUGACUGUCGGGUAGGGAUCGGCGCCACACGCAGAACCUCACUGUCGAGAGCUCGCGAGGGCUGCGUCAUCCCGUCAGACUGCCUGCCUGCGGUGGAAGUUAAGAGGGGAUAUUUAGGAAGACGUUUCCGUGAGAGGGCUGGGUGGAAAGAAAUAAUCUCACAAAAGUCAGCGUUAUCUGUUCCCUGCCAAGCGUGUGCAGUGGGCAGAUUUUCCAGCCUCCUGCAAAAUCCCUGGAGUUUGGGGUAUCUCCAAGCAUGUAUGUAGAGAAAAGGACUUUGCCACUUUCUAAAAGUAGUGAACGCUCUCGGGAGGACGCAGUGGGCGCUCUGUUUCUCCGACAGUUGUGUUAAAUGUUCUCUUGUGGAUUUUUGUACCUUGAACCUCUCUGUCUCUCUCUCUCUCUCUGUCCCUCCGUCUCUCUCUGGCCUUCUCUCUCUCGCUUUCACUCUCCUCCUGAAGUUUAAAUUCGCCUGGCAUCAGGCCACUACCCAUCCCCCACGUCACAUCUCCUUGGUCCGCACCCAGUGAGGAGCACCCGCGUGUCACGCCACGUGACCCUGGGCUCUGCCUUACCCCAAGAACCCAGACAUCUCACCCCCAACCCCCAUGAUUCUCUUCCCCACGAGCCAUCAGCGAAUCUGGAGCGCCCGUUCGAGAGUCCAGCCGCAGUCUGCGCGGGGGGACGGGGAUCAGAGCUCCCCCGGACACGGCCCGCUGCAAGCUACCCCAUCCCCUAGCGCUUCUGCACACGGCCUGUUGCUCUCCGCUCAACAUCCCCGGGGGCUUCCCGUAAGAGUCAGACAGCCACCCGAGCUGGGGUCUCCUUGAGACGCCCUCGGGGUGCCCCUGCCCUCCCCAAGCUAGGAAGCAAGA